AUGUUGUUGCUAGGCAACGACCAGAUCCUGUCUCGUGUCAAGCCCGCUGUUGGGGGUGAGACGUCAACUAGUGUCAGUGAGAAGAAGAAGAAAAACAAAAUCAAAAUUCCCAGUUUGGAAGAAUAUCUGCAGCAGAGAGACUACCUUGGAGCAAUAACUCUCUUGGAGUUUCAGAGAAGUAUUGGAGAGCGAGAGGAGAGUGCAGACCUCUGGAUUGGCUUCUGUGCCUUUCACUUGGGGGAUUACAAGAGAGCUAUGGAGGAGUACAAAGCGCUGACUGCAAAGCCUGACUGUCUUCCUGAUGUGUGGGUCUAUCUGGGUUGUGCCAUGUUUUUUCUGGGCCUUUAUAAAGAGGCUGAGGAGGCUACGUUAAAAGCUCCAAAGUCACCGCUCCGAAACCGACUCCUCUUCCAUUUGGCUCAGAAGUUCAGCGAUGAAAAGAAGCUUAUGGACAUCCAUCAGGACCUGCAGGAUGUGACUGAGGACCAGCUGAGUUUGGCCUCUAUCCACUACAUGCGCGCUCACUACCUGGAAGCCAUCGAGAUUUACAAACGUCUCCUCUCGGAGAACAGAGACUUCAUAGCAAUGAAGGUUUACGUGGCUCUGUGUUAUUACAAGCUGGGCUACUUCGACGUGUCGCAAGAAGUGUUGGCAGCGUACCUUCAGAACAUCCCUGACUCCACCAUCGCCCUCAACCUCAAAGCCUGCAACCACUUCUCCCUGUACAAUAGCAAAGCAGCCGAGGCUGAGCUGAAGAACCUUAUCGACAUCUCUUCCUGUUCGUUUGAGUUUGCUAAGGAACUUAUUAGACACAACCUGGUGGUGUUUGGCGGUGGUGAGGGAGCGCUCCAGGUGCUGCCCCCUUUGAUUGAUGUCAUCCCAGAGGCAAGGCUCAACCUUGUCAUCUAUUACCUGAGACAAGAUGAUGUCCAGGAAGCUUACAACCUAAUCCAAGAUUUAGACCCUUCAAAGCCGUCGGAGUAUGUUUUAAAAGGGGUGGUCAAUGCUGCAUGUGGGCAACAGCUUGGAAUGAGGGAUCACUUAAAAGCCGCCCAGGGAUACUUUCAGUUGGUUGGCAACUCAGCCAGCGAGUGCGACACUGUUCCUGGUAGACAGUGCAUGGCUUCCUGUUACUUCCUUUUGAGACAGUUUAAGGAUGUGCUCGUAUAUCUCAACUCAGUCAAGAGUUACUUCUAUGUCGACGAUACGUUUAAUUUCAACUAUGCUCAGGCCAAGGUGGCCACUAAUGAAUUUAAAGAAGCAGAAGAAAUUUUUCUUCUGAUUCAGAGUGAGAAGCUCAAGAGUGAUUAUGUUUACCUCAGCUGCCUGGCACGCUGCUACAUCAUGAACCAGAAGGGUCGUCUUGCCUGGGAGCUUUACUUGAAGAUGGGCACUUCCUCUGACUCUUUCAGUCUGCUUCAGCUCAUAGCCAAUGACUGCUACAGGAUGGGCCAAUUCUACUAUGCUGCUAAAGCGUUUGACGCACUGGAGAAGUUGGACCCAGGCUCCCACUACUGGGAGGGCAAGAGAGGGGCGUGUGUUGGGAUUUUUCAGCUCAUUUUAGCCAACAAGGAAUCCAAGGAGACACUAAAGGAGGUGGUGCUCCUGCUGCGCAAUUCCGGAAACCCGCAGGUGGAAUACAUCAUCCGAGCCAUGAAGAAGUGGGCCAAAGACAACAGAGUCUUCCUUUCUUGA